AUCAUGAUGAAUAGUUGAAGAAUCAAUAUUAUAUUAGUAUGGCUACAGCUGUCUGUCACCGACAAGAAGUUGGAACUUGGCAAUCAAUAUUUCCUGCUGAUCAGUUGACAGGACAAAAAUCUGCAUUCUUUGUGAAGAAGUUGCUUGCUGUAUCCGUGUCUUACUUGACUUAUCUACGCAACAUAUUUCCAGAAAAUGCGUAUAGUAAUAGAAAUAUGGAGGACUUAGAGUUGAAGAUUCUCUCUGACAGUAGCUCCUGUCCUGGGGCGAAUAAAGUAUGCCACUGGAUAAGAAGCUGCUUUGAAGCACUUGACAAGAAGUUCUUAAAUUCGCUUGUUCUUGGCCUAUAUGUCGAUCCAGCUGAUUCUAACACACUUUUGGAGUCCUACAGCUUUAAGUUCAACUACGAGGAUGGGGUGGACAUUUACCAUAACGACAAGAAAAUACUGAGUAGUGACACUGAAAAUACCAAGAAAACUACAACUACACUUCUGAGAACAAUAUUAGUUCUGACACAGGGGUUAAAACCGCUUCCGGAUAAUGUUAUGUUGACAAUGAAGUUAUAUUUCAACGACGAGGUGACCCCUCCUGAUUAUCAUCCCGCUGGGUUCAUGGAGGCAAAGUCUGACGAUUUUAUGUAUGAAGAUGAAACAAUCAAUAUAAAAGUUGGUGAGGUCAGCACAAAGUUUCAUUCUGUAAAGAUGCGGAUUCGAACAAAAUGCCACAACUUUGACCUGAGUCCAGACGCGAAGGACAUAGUGGCUGAGUUAACGGACGGCAGCCAGGAGGAGAAACCUAUGGAGUCUACGUCUCCUGCUGAUACGGUGAUGACGACCACCACUCCCAAAACUGAUGGUGGAUCAUAUGAUGUCGAUUGUGUGUGUGGAAGUUCUAUCGAAGAUGGAAUGUUAAUUAUGUGUGUGUCAUGUGAGAAGUGGUCACAUGGUCUAUGUUACAGAAUUCUUGACAGUGUCGCGGUACCAGAUACGCAUACUUGUGCUAAAUGCCCAGGUGAGUGUACGGAUACAAGUUUUAAGAAGUUAGAUAAGAUAACAGUUCAAGCUACUGCCCUAUGGAGGCGGGCUUUAUUCACACUCACCGAGGUAAAACGAGUGAAAGAGGCUGAGUUGGCACAGAGACUUGACAUAGACAUUGAGGUGGCGAAAAAACUUAUUACCAGACUUAUAAGUGAGAGAUUUAUCAGAGUGCCAGCAAAGAACACCUCCAAAUUCGGUUACAUCGUCAACAAAACUGAGAUAACAAAACGGGGCUUCAGGACCUAUUUCACAUCCCCCAGCUCUCAAUCCCAGAGUCUGAGUCUGUACGACAGUCUCAACGACAGUGGACUUGUCCAGGAUACUGAAAGUCUUAAAUUAACCGGCGAAAAGAGGAAACGUGUGGCCGACGAAAAUGGAGACUCGUUCGAGUUGUCUUCCAGUCAGAGCUGGACCAAGGGUAAGAGGUUGAGGUCAUCUGAGAUAAGAACACCUGUCCGAUUAUAAACAGUGGUGACUCGUGAGGUUGGUUGCGUUACAAAUUACAGGAGUAAAAACAAUAUAGUUUAACUAAAUGAUGGUUGGGAGACAGUCGAGGGUCAAUUAGCAUCCAUCUAUUUAUCUAUUACUUAAUUUUUUAUAUUUAAGGUUUGUUUCUAUAAUGCUUGAUUUUGUACAGAAGUUAUUUAAAUUGUUAAAAAAUGUUUAAUUUUUCACAAAUUUGUUAAUUUUGUGAUAUGUUUUGUAAUUUAUUUUGUCACUGACUCUGUAUAACUUAAUUUUUCACCAAUAAUCUGUUCAGACUUCAGUUUCCGUUAUAUCAAUUAUUUAAUUUGUUAAUUUAUUCAUACUGUUUUGCAUUUCAGUUCAACAAUCUAUUGUUUCGUUAGAAUUCUUGUAUUUAUUUGUUUCGUAUGAUCGGUUAUA